CCAUGCAAUUUUGGCUGCUAUACUAUUACUUGGAGGCAUACCUGCCAUUGUACUCCACUCGUUAUUAUUACAAAAAGUUAAGAGUUUAGUACAAACAGUGUAAUGAGAUGGAAUCUCUAUAAAUCCGAUCAAGGAGGAUCAGAUAUUCAGAUCGCAGGAAAUCGUAUCUGCCUGCUUUUCGAGAGCUUAACAAGGGAGGGAGAGCUCCUUAAUUGCCACGUCCCGGCCUUGCUCUUGAUGCAAGCUAAGCUUCCACUUCCAACGGGGACAUCUCUUCUCUUGCACCUUCCUCUGCUCCUGCUUCUGCUUCCAUGGAUCGGACCAGCCAGUGGGUCUCGUCGCCAGACAUACCCGCCGAUCUUCUCAUCCGGAUCGCCGACGACGUCUUCCCUCUCCUUAAGGGGGUGAUGGUGCCCAAGUGCGGCUACAUCCGCAAGGCCGUCGCGGCGGCGCGCGGUGGCGCCACGGCCACCGUCGACCUCGACCUCUCCGCGCUGCCCGGCGGCGCCGACGCCUUCGACAAGGCUGCGCGCUACUGCUACGGCGCCAACUUCGAGAUAUCCGUGCGCAACGCGGCCGCGCUCCUCUGCGCCGCCGCCUUCCUCGACAUGCACCCAACGGACGGCGGCCUGGCGCGCCGCGUCGAGGAGUUCCUGGCCAAGGUCGGCCUCCGCACGCUGCCCGGCGCCGUCGCCGUGCUGCGCUACUGCGAGGGGCUCCUCCCGGCCGCCGAGGAGAUCGGCGUCGUGCAGCGAUCAGCUGACGCUAUCGCGCUCAGGAUCUGUAACGAGGUGCUGUUCCCGACGAGGUCGCCGCCCGAGUGGUGGACGGCGGAGCUCGCGGCCCUCUCGCCGGCGUCGUUCCACAAGGUCAUCACGGCGCUGCGCUGCCGCCGCGCGGAGCCCGAGGUGCUUGUCGCUGCAGCCACCGCAUACGCUGAGCUCUUGCUGGCCGAAGUGCUCGCCGCCGACGGCCAUGCUGCUGAUCACUCCGGGAUGCACCGCGCGCUUGUCGAGUCCGUGGUUGCCGUGCUCCCUUCCACGGACGACGCGCCCCUCCCCGCCGCGUUCCUCUGCCGCCUCCUCCAUGUCGCCAUCACCAUCUGCGCAUCCGCCAAGACGUGCCGUGACCUGGAGCUCCGCGUGGCGGCGGUGCUCGACCAGGCCACCGCGGGCGACCUGCUGACCGUCGCGCUCGACAGCGCCGGUGAGCGCGUCCAGAACGUCGACACCGUGCGCCGCAUCAUCACCGCCUUCGUGGAGCGCGACUCGGCGGCGUCAUCGGGCGGCGCGAACGGCCGGAGCCGGAGGGCGUCCCUGAGCGGAGCCGGGGCGCUGCAGGGCGGCGGUGGCGCGAUGCAGACGGUGGCGAAGACCGUGGACGAGGUCGCGGCGGAGAUCGCGACGGAGGAGUCGCUGCCGAUCUCCAAGUUCGUGGGGCUCGCCGGCGCGGUGCCGAAGGAGGCGCGCGCGACGCACGACUGCCUGUACCGCGCCGUCGACAUCUACCUGAAGGCGCACCCGGCGCUGGAGGAGAUGGAGAGGGAGAAGGUGUGCAGCGUGAUGGACCCGCUGAAGCUGUCGUACCAGGGUCGCCUCCACGCGUCACAGAACAAUCGGCUCCCGCUGCAGGCCGUGCUGAGCGCGCUCUACUACGACCGGCUCAAGCUCCGCAGCGGAGACGAGGGCGGCGGCGGGUGGGACGCGUAUGGGAAUGGCGUGAUGAGGUCGUCGGCGGCGGGGUCGGCGAGGAAGCAGGCGAAGGAGGAGGCGUCGCUGGCGAGGGAGAACGAGGCGCUGCGGUCGGAGCUGGCGCGGAUGCGGGCGUACGUGUCGGGGAUGCAGCAGCAGAGCAAGGGGUCGUCGUCGUCGAGGGGGAAGAAGGGCUCGUGGUUGCGGACGUUGAGCCGGCUGAACCCGUUCAAGGCCGGCAUCUGGGGCAAGGACACGUCGGGCAUCGUCGACGGGAAGACGGACGCCAUGAAUUCCGUCAAGUCCAAGAGGAGGAGGUUCUCCAUUAGCUAGGCUAGCUUAGUGUUGAGAUGAUCCAUGUCAUCUCGUGCUAGCUACAUAUAUGCGUUGUCAAUGACUGUAUAUUGAUUGAUUGGUUAUUCGCAAGAAACAUGACUGUUCUUGUGUAGUCUACUGUAAAUUGUAAGUUUGUGUCCGCAAAAACGAACUAAUGUUUGGAUUGGAUUGGUCAAAAGUCAAAACAAUUCAUCCUUUUUCACUUCC